AUGGAGGGAACGAGCAACGAGAUCCACAGUUUCCUCGACGUGGCCGACCACCUGGCGGCGGAUCACUGGAAUUGCUCCGACAGCCAGGAGUCGCCAUCAGCCUUCGAAUUUUUGAGCAACCUCCAAACGCACCAAGUGGUGAUGCUAUCAAUCGGGGCCGCCUUCACCAUUGUCGUCUACCUGCUCGCAUUAGUACAUUGGUCAUUUGUGUGGAGAUACGUGUCGAAUGAGAAGCGACAGAAUAAGCUGUACUGGCUGAUCACGCUGUUUCCGGUCUCCACCGGCUGCUGCCUGAUCGGCAUGCUCGCCCCACGUACCUCCUUGGUGUUGACGUCAUUAGGAAUGCUGUACUACCUGAUUUGUCUCUUUGUCGUCGUCUCCCUAUGCCGGAAUCUGUACGGCGGGCGGGUGGAGAUCUCGACGACGUUGAGCUACGACAACCGCCCCAUCGACUUCAAGUCGCCGCCAUUCUGCUGUGUGUGCUUUUGGUUGCCGAAGGCGCCGAGUACCGAACGUAACCUGCGUCGUUUGGAGUGGCUUGUUCUCCAAGCCCCGAUCGUCCGAGCCAUCGCCAUCGUCACCAACGUGAUUGCGAUAGCUGAAUUCCGAGAUGCUGCCAAAACCUGGCUCCACUACUCGGAUAUGGGCACCGUGUUCUCGCUCCUGCUGGCGAUUUUCGGCGUUCAUACGAUGGCCCGAGCAACUGCGUACAAACUGCGCGACUACUGCUUCAUGACCAUCUUCCGACUCGUUGACGUCUCCUUCCUCUUCUUCUCCGCCCAGCAACCGAUGAUUUUUGAGAAUGUGCUGCUCCGCUUCGAUCUGAUCAAAUGCGGACCGUUGCUGCCGGCUGUGGACAAUGCUAGAUUCGUCUGCAACUUCGUGAUCCUGUGCGAGAUGUUCUGUCUCUGUCUCCUAGCCACGUGUCUAUUGGCCCCGGAGCGGAACGCGAUGUUCGACGUCUACCGGAUGCGGAAGCAGGCGCUGACUGAUGAGGCUUCUGCGUGCAAGGAGGCGGUGGUGGUAUGUCCGCUGCCGGCUACGGAUAUUCCGGAUAUGGACGUGGAGGAGCGAUCGGACCAUCCGGAUCAUUCAAUGCGACACCGCAAAAAGUUCCACUUUGACUUCGACUCGGUCGAGCCGGAGAGCAGCGAGGACGACAGGAUUAAUUUAGAAACGAAAAAGCCGCCGAGCCCGAAGGACCUUUGGGAGGCGGAGGAGGUCAAGAAGACAAACAUAAAACAAUCGAAACUUUGGGGCUUCGAGAACGAGGAUCUGCCCGAAAUCUCGUCUGCCGAGGUGACGGCAAGGCCCAGAACGCUGGCAACGCCGCCGCCAGUGCAACCGUUCCCCAGCGGAACCGGGCAGGGCAAUGGCGCCAGCGGUCUUGGUGGCAUCGGCAUCGGGGGUGGUGUUGGCGUGGGAGGAAUUGGAGUCAACACGGGAUUAGGAAUCUCUGCUCCUGGAAUCGGCAGCCCGGGCGGCGGUUUUGGAGGUGGCGGUUUCGGCAACGGCGGGCUGGUCGGCGUGAAUUCCGGGCUGGGCAUCGGGAUUCCAGGCGUUGGUCCGAUCGGCGUCAGCUCCGGGCUCGGGAUCGGCAAA